AUGGUGAAGCCGUUCGUUCAGAAGAGGAUCGUGAAGAAGCGCACGAAGAGGUUCACGCGCCACAAGUGCGAGCUCUUCCCGCAGCUCAGCAGCAGCUGGCGCAAGCCCCGGGGUGAGGAUUCACCGGUCCGUCGCCGCUACAAGGGACAGAAAGCGAUGCCAAACAAGGGCUACGGUAGCGACCGCAAGACGAAGUACAUCACCCCGUCGGGAUUCAAGAACUUCCCCAUUCACAACGUGCAGGAUCUCUACAUGCUGCUCAUGCAGAACCGCAAGUACGCUGGUGUCAUCUCACACACUGUGGGGGCCAAGUCGCGCAAGGCUAUAGUACGUAAGGCGCACGAACUGGACGUGCGCCUUAUCAAUGGAAACGCCAAGCUUCGUCGUUGUGAGAGCCACUGA